UAUCACCCCAACUGCAGAAGACGAGCAUUCUCAACAAAAUGCGGUUUUGUUUCGCUGUCCUCAUCGUGGCUGCAUCAGCCUGUCUGGCAGAUGUGGCUCAUGCUGAAGAAACAAUAAAACGUUCUUCAUCAGCCUCCAGGUCGUCAGUGCUUCGUUCUCGGCGAAUGGUUGGAGGAACUUUGGCGCCUCAUGUGCCUUGGCAGGCUCUGGUCUACCUCAAUGACAGCUUGCUGGAUGGUGGUUAUGCUGGUGGUGCUCUCAUCUCAGACCGCUGGGUAUUGACGGCCGGCAGAAACCUGUUUGUCAGGAAGACUCAGCAGGACACUCAGGGAACAGCACCAGUGAUUCCAAAGGUGUAUCUGGGAAUUUGGCAUACAGCAGAAGCUAAUGCCUCCAAUGAAGUUGCUGUAGAAAAGAUUGUUCUCCAUCCAGGUUUCCAAAACAAAUCUGACUGGGACAACGACUUAGCUUUGAUCCAGUUGAAGGAGCCAGUGGUUAUGAGUGACAAAGUGACCCCCAUCCCCCUUCCAGAGAGAGACCAGGAUGUCCCUGACACAGACGGUGAGACAGGGGUCAUUGCUGGCUGGGGUUUCGGGGCCCUCCUUACCGCCUCAUCAUCACUCAAACACCUUGUUCUCCCCGUGGCUGAUCACUCUGCCUGUAAGAGAGAAUACAAGUCAGACUCACUCACUCCAACUGUGGACGAAGACAUGUUCUGCACAGGACCCAGCAAAUAUGGAGAGAAUGUCUGUUUCGGGGAUGCAGGAGGUGUUUUUGCUAUAAAGACAAAAAGGCGAGGAGUGUAUGCUGCAGGUAUACUGUCAUAUGAUAAGUCAUGUAACAAUAGGAAGUAUGCAGUUUACAUGAAGAUUUCUUCAUAUCUGCCCUGGAUCAAUGCUGUCGUUAGAGGCGAUACACAACAAUCCUCCACAUUGCGUUCUGAUGCGAUGUCUAAUAUGUAUUUAAGACAGCCAUAAAUCUAUGGCUCAUAGAUCUGUUGUGUUGAUCACAUACGGAUGUAAAUUUCAUAAUGUUUGCAAUGUAAC